AUGGGCGCAUUACUAUCACUGCCGUUGCUCGCACUACCGAGCGUAGCAACGUUAUGGUCAGUGGCGGCAUCAUGCUGCGGCGCUGCAACCUGCACAGCACUAUGCAAUGCCUGCGGCAAGUUUCAGAGCAGUAUGGCAACGCGUAUAGCAUAUGCUUUCAUCCUUCUCUUAAACUCCAUAUUCGCUUGGAUCAUGCUCACACCAUGGGCGAUUCGAAAGCUGGAGCACCUUACCCUGGACUACAUGACUUUUCAGUGCGGCUCUCAUGAAUGCUACGGUUAUAUGGCUGUUCAAAGGAUCAACUUUGCGCUCGGCCUGUUUCACUUCCUCCUAUCGUUCACUCUUAUCGGUGUACGAAACACAAAAGAUGGACGUGCUGGAUUACAAAAUGGCUUCUGGGGACCAAAGCUCAUUGCCUGGAUCGCAUUCAUAAUCAUCAGCUUCUUCAUUCCUGAAGAGUUCUUCAUGUUUUAUGGCAAAUACAUUGCAUUUACUGGAGCAAUGCUUUUUGUCUUGCUGGGACUGAUACUCUUGGUCGAUUUGGCUCAUACUUGGGUCGAGCUAUGUCUGGACAAAGCCGAGGACGAGACGAACUCGAAUUCGUCUAUAUGGCGAUGGGUUCUGGUUGGGUCGACCUUUUCCAUGUACGUGGCAGCCUUCACCAUGACUGUUGUCAUGUACAUAUUCUUCUCCGGCAAUACAUGCGGCAUGAACAACGCAGCAAUCACGAUCAACCUUGUUGCGCUAUUGGCAAUCGCCAUAAUAAGCAUGCUACCUCAUGUCCAAGACGAGAACCCGAGGGCUGGUAUCGGGCAAGCAGCAAUGGUUGCGGUCUACUGCACAUAUCUUACCUUCUCGGCCGUUUGUAUGGAACCCGACGACAAACAAUGCAACCCUCUCAUUCGAGCACGAGGCGCUCGCACCACGACGAUCGUCCUCGGAGCAGUCGUCACCUUACUCACUGUAGCAUACACCACCACCCGUGCCGCAACCCAAUCCUUCUUCGGUAACAAGAACGAAGGCCAAGUCUACCUACCCGAGGACGAGUACGGACCCUCAGCCAACCACGUCGUCAUCUCCGAACAACCUCGCGCUCGCCGCCAGAUGGCCCUCCAACAAGCUAUCGCAGAAGGCUCCCUCCCCGCCUCAGCAACUUUAGACGACUCCGACGACGAAGAAGAGGAAACAGAUUCCAAAGGUGGAAAGCACGUCAAGGAUGACGAACGCCGGGCAACACAAUACAACUACUCCCUCUUCCACGUCAUUUUCUUCCUCGCUACAUGUUGGGUAGCCACCCUCCUCACACAAAGCAUGGAUCCAAACAACGACUCUGAUUUCACUCCUGUAGGCCGUACCUACGCCGCCAGCUGGAUCAAGAUCAUCAGUGCUUGGGUUUGCUACCUGAUAUACACGUGGAGUUUACUCGCGCCGAUAGUGCUGACGGGGCGCGAUUUUAGCGGAUAG